AUGGGAGCCGCCGAAGUUGAAAACCUCAGUCAGCAAAAUGCUGAGCUUGCUACGAGUAAACCUCGCGAAAGACAGUUUCAGGUUGUUCCUAUGCCAGGAGUUUUUACUAGAGGGCGAUGGAAAUGCUGGGAUUAUCUUGAACCAAGAGACGAGGUGCAGGUUGAGAAGAAAGAAAUUUUAGAAUUCGAAAAAGAUAAAGGAGAUUCAACGCCAGUGACAGAUUCCAAUGCUAAUACGGUUAGUGUUACUCCCAUUGAAGUAGCUUCAGAUAGUGUUACCAGUACUUGUAUUUCGUUUGAUGCCGUAACAUCUUCUGAUUCCAUCCCUAUUAGAGAAUCAUCAACUAUAGUAGUGACAUCUGUUGGACCUGCACCAACAACGAAUCUUCAUGGAACUCCUCAAAGCUUGAAUGAGAACCUCACAAAUUUUGUCACUCCGGUCGUACAUACUCAUGCGGAGACAGUGAUAGGUUGCCCUGUGAUACACACUGUUGCUAGCUCAUCCUCAAGUGACUUCGGUCAACAGCACAUUCCUGUUUCCUCAUCAGCGACUGGAAUAGCUACGCUUCCGUCUGUUCAAUCAACUCCGAUUUUACGGCCGUCCGAAACUCCAACACAGUUGGAUGAUGAUGCAUCUUCCGGAAAUAAUGGAACACUCCAAGCUCCAAACGUGGCUGCCAUCGAUAAUAAGAUUGAACAGGCUAUGGAUUUAGUGAAAACUCAUUUGACCUUUGCUGUACGGGAGGAAGUUGAAAUUCUAAGACAAACUAUUUCUGAUUUGGAAAUGAAGGUUGCAGUUCUCGAAUCCGAAAACCAAUUAUUACGGCAGUACGCCCCAACUGAAAUCGUGGCGAAUUUGUCCAGUUUGGUACAAAAGCAGAAGGAAGCCAAUGCUUCCCUGCAGCCUAUAGCUGCUAUACCGAUCAUUGUUCCCCCUAAUGUUUCCGUUGGUUUUUGCACAUCUUCUUUCGCCAGAACAUUGAACAAUGUUCGACAGGAGAUGGUCUUAGCCACUGCUACCACCAAAGAACCUGGCCAUCUUUGA